AUGGGGUUGCGUGACGAGCCCAAGUCGAUCCCGCAAAGGCCAAAGAGGAGAACCCCCGCGAAAAAGAAGACGCCCAAGAAGCCCAAAUGGACCGCCGAGACUAUCGUGAGGGAUCCAAAGUCUCCUCUAGCCACGGCGAAUCUGAGGAGCAUCCUAUGCAACACCAUGGCGUGGACAUGCUUGGACCAAGCCGACAAGGCGGAAAUUCUAGCCCUCUUCCCCGAUAGAGAUCACGUCCUUGACGCUGACACGGAAGACGCGCGACCGAACCUUGCGUCGCUGAUGAACGACGACAGCUUCCGCUACGACUGCGCCGCGUACACGGAGAACAUUGCGCAGGGCCGGCACGACCCGGAGUGGCUCGCCUCUGCGUGGAGCGCGCACGAGAGGAGGAAGGCGGGUGACUUUGACGAAUUUCUGGUGGAGAGGCUGGAGGGGGACUGGGGCGUUGAGAUUCCAAAAGGAGUGAGGACGGCGAGGGGGGCUGGUGUCGUUGUAGUUGACGAGUGCCUGUGGCGGCCUUCGUCGAGGACGGCGGUGGGCAAGGGGGCCGGCCCGGCUCCGGAGUAG